AUGCCAAGAGCUCGCAGAGCUCAGGAGUUACAGGAGGAUGCGGAAGCGCGGGACAGAUGGCAGGUUGCUUCCAGCAAGAAGAAGAGGAGGAAUAUGGCAAGAGCUCAGGUCUCUCUUUCCGACAAGAAGAAAGAGACGAAGACGGAGAUGCAUAUGUCAGAGGAAGUAUUUUGGACAGGUGAGGCUUUUGGGGGUUCUGGCCCCGUGACAAAGGCCCCCAGCACUCCUAUUCCACGACCGCAGGAUGUGUACCACAUUGUGGUGGACAACACCAACAAGCCAUUCGAGCAUCCCUUGCUUGAGAAGAGCCCUGAUGCUGGUGCCCCUGCCCGUCCCACACACCCACUGGAAAAACUCCCUGUGGAGCAACUAUUUGACAGGCGUGUUCCUCAAAGCCCGCCAUUAAAACCACCUGAGUUGAGUGACACUCCUUUUACAUUUGUUCAAGACCGGAAAACCUUGAACAAGCUGGUGAGGAAGCUGAAGAACGCAACUGAGUUUGCUGUCAAUGUGGAAUACAACCACUUUAGGUCUUUUCAGGGUCUCACCUGCCUAAUGCAGAUUUCAACUAGAACUGAGGACUUUAUUGUGGACACUCUUAAGCUCCGCAAAUAUCUUGGUGAGAGGUUAAGAGAAGCUUUUCAAGAUCCAACUAAGAAAAAGGUAAUGUACGGGACCACUCGUGAUAUUAUGUGGCUUCAACGUGAUUUUGGAAUAUAUAUAUGCAACCUUUUUGACAUAGGACAGGCUUCAAGAAUCUUACAGAUGGGCCAUGUUAGCCUGAAGCAUCUUUUGCUUAGUUUCUGCGGAGUGAUAGCAAAAAAAAGAUGUCAGCGUGCAGAUUGGAGGCAGAGGCCACUUCCUGAUAGAAUGACCAAGUGUGCUAGAGAAGUUACACACUAUCUGCUGUACAUAUAUGACUUAAUGCGUUUGAGGUUGAUGAAUGAGUCUUCAGGUGAAAAUGAUCUUCUUUUGGAGGUUUGCAAGUGUAGCAAUGAAAUCUGCUUGCAACUAUACGAGAAGGAGCCACCGACUGAUAAAUCAUACCUUCACAUACAUGGGCUUAAAGAGAAUGAAUUGAGCGCAAGGCAGCUUGCAGUUCUCGCUGGCCUGUAUCAAUGGAGAGAUAGUGUUGCUCGUAUUGAGGAUGAGAGCACUGCUUAUAUAUUACCCAGCAAGACUCUACUUGAGAUAGCGAAGCAGAUUCCUGUGACCGCUAGGAGGUUUAAAAGAACUGUGGAAGCAAAAAAUAAAUUUCUUGAUCACCAUCUCGGCCAUGUCAUUACUAUCAUCAGAAAUGCUGUUACUAAUUCUGAUUCUUUUGAAAAUAUAGCCGAGCAACUAAAGAAAGAAAGGCUGGAGGAGUUAAUGGUGGCAGAUACAAAGAGCAGUAGUGAAGACACGGAAACAAUUACUGCUGUUGAUGCUGAUAAUAAUGAAAGUAAUUCUCAUUCGAGUGAUGAACCUGCUUUAGUUCCAGGAUUUUCAAGCGAGCAGGGACAUGUACCAAAAGCUCCCUUCUUUACUCUUAUAGUUGAUGGGUCCUUAGAUUGUUCAGCCAUAUGUGGCACUCUCAAGAAGGUUCUGAAGUGGAUGGGAUUUGAUCAGCUGACUAUGGUCAUCAUGUAUAAAAUUAUUCCAUUUAUGAAAAGUUGUCCUGAAGAGCUUCGGCCAAAGUUGGUACAUGAAAUACUAGAGCCAGUCUUUCACUAUCUUCACACCAAGCUUUAUAAGUCAUGGUGUGCACUUUUGCACGAUGGUGCAGUGGAAGUUCCUGAUAAAAUUGCUGACAUUUUCUCAUCGAAGGAAGAAGCUAAUAAAUUAGGAUUGAGUCUUAUUAUUCAGUUGACCCGUGCAGCAUCAGAAUUGCUCGCUGUAAUAGCAUGUCCACAAUUAUAUGGAUCUUCAGAGUUUCUUUGUUCAAGAUCUCUUGUGGGGUAUGUUCUAUGCCAUGAUGUCCUUAGGCUUGAAGUGCUGAGUUUAAUUUACUACAUCUUUGGAGCAUGGAAUGUUGAUGAAGCAAAGAUGACAUUGGUUCCACUUUGUUACAAAGUCAUGGAAGUUGCUACUGCUACACGUCAUGAUGCCAUUAUAUCUUUUGUUGAAGAUAUGAUUCCUCAUCUAAUUCAGUGGUUACCUUUCGAGUCAAGUUUGGAGGGCACUCAACCUGGUGAUGUGAUAAUUAAAGAUCUUUGUUAUCAGGCAUUUCGCUGUGUUCAUUGUCCAAAUCAGGAUUUAGCGUGUGAAGAAAAACCCAAGGACAGGAUUUACGAAGUCUUUCAAAGUUGGCUCAAACAGAAAAAGUUGGUUGUUGGCCGUAGAAAAAAAUCAAUGCAUGAACUGGAAGAAUUUGUGUGGAUAUGGGAGGUUGAAGAAGAAUUUAGUAAAUAUAUUCCAGGUUAUAUCGACAUGUUGCAUCAAGUGAAUGAAAUGGAUGACUGCUUGGAGCGCGAUUCUUCUUCACCGCGGGUUCUCUUUGAGAAAUUAGAUCCUAAAUUUGUAUCCAAAUAUGCUAUUGGUAGCCCUUCUCAUGAUUACCUCUGGGCCAUGUCCGCUAUGGUGAAGCGCAAAAUGUCUGCGAUGCAUUGGCAGAGACGGAAUGAUAAAAUGUAA